UGGUGAAAAGCGAAAGUUUGCAGACGCGUCCUUAGCGGUAAAGAAAAUUUCAAUUAAAGUGAACAAUGGGUGAUUCCGAUGAUGAGUACGACCGGAAGCGACGUGACAAGUUCCGCGGGGAACGCAGUGCCGGAGAAAGUUACGCUCGGGGUGCCGACAGGGCGGAUCGCUCUCGGGGAAGGGACGAAUGGGCCGAACGUGGUAGACCUCGACAGGAUUAUCGUGACUAUCGGCCACCGCCACGGGAUCGAGGCUAUUCUCCCACUCGCGAGGGACCUCCCAUGAAGCGGAUGCGCGGCGAUGGCUGGGGAGAUGACGCGCGGCCACGAUUUGGAGGACACGAACCCUACGGCAUGUAUGGCGGAUACAAUCAUGACCAUUUCGGCAUGCAUCCGGCGGGUCCGUACGGCCAUCCCGGGGGCUUACAUCCACGAGAACAGCAAUCCGCAGGGGACAUGCAAACUCAGCCCUGUAUGAUGACGUUGAAGCAGUUCCUGGCCACGCAAGAUGAUUCCAUAUCCGAUUCGGAGGCAAUCCAGAAGUACAACGACUACAAGCUGGAGUUCAAGCGGCAACAACUGAACGAGUUCUUUGUGGCCCACAAGGACGAGGAAUGCGCUAGGUCGAGCGCAGCUCUCGAGUCCAACUUGCGCCUCUUCUGCCAUUUGUCUGUUGUAAGAUGCUAUCGGGUUUAGGAGAACUGUGCCCUUGACAUCGUCCCCAUGCCGCGUGAUUUAAACUCGAGUAAAGUAUUUCGCGCGUAGUCUUGGUUAGGGAACCCUAGGCCCCAUAUUGGACGUCCGGCGAGCAAUGCCGGACGUUCCGAAUUUUAGCGAUUUUUUUUUUCACAUUCGCGAUUUCUCGAACACUUCGUCAACUCCGCGCGCUGUGAUGAAAUGCGAAGAAGAGAGAGGUUCAAGAUGAAAUACCAUCCGGAAGAGUCGCUGAAGCGAAAGGAGGAACAAUUCGGAUUCUUGAAGCGCCGUUGUGACGUGUUCGUUGAACUGCUGGAUCACGGGGACAUCUCCAAGGUCUCGGUGGACACCUCCAACACGGAUCCGUUGCUUCGCCUGUUGGACACCGUGGUGAUCAAGCUGGAGGGCGGCACCGAUGAGGAUCUUAAAGUCCUGGACGAAAAGCCGGUCGAAAUCGUGAAAAUCUUGCCGGAGAAGCCCAAGGUGGAGGUGAAGAAGGAACCCACUCUGGAGGACACCAUCAAGAAGGAGAAGAUCAGCAUCAAGGAGGAGAAGGUGGAAGAGGCUGACAAGCCCAAGGAGGAAAAGGAUGACGAUAAAGAAAAACCCGCGGCAGAAGGUGAGGAGCCAGAGGGUGAAAAGAAUGACGCCGAGAAGGAAGUGACUGCGGAACGGGAAGAUAUGGACGCGGAACCGGCGGCUAAGGAACCCGAGCCGGAGGAGGAACCUUCGAGGAAAAAGGAUCGCAGAAAACGAAGUCGAUCGGACUCCGGAAGCAGUUCGUCUUCUUCAUCGUCUUCCAGCUCGAGCGAUUCCGAAGAUGAGAAAGAGAAGGAAAAGGAAGACAAAGAGGAAGAGGAGGAAAAGAAGGAGACCGAAGAAGAGGCGGCUCCCAAGAGUCCCAAACCAGUCGAAGAAGGAGAAAAAGAACCUCAAGAGGAGGUGGAGAAUAACGGACAUAAAAGUGGUGAUGAAGAGGAAGCAACCAAGAAAGACCAAGCUGAACCAGAGAAAAUGGAUACCGAUGAAGCUGUCGUUGAAAACAACAAAGAAAGCGAGGAAGCUGAGAAGGAAAAGGAUACAAGUAAAGAUGAAGAGGAAGCUAAUAAAGAGAGCAAUGAGGAUAAGCAAGAGUCGGAAAAGACGGAAACGAUCGAUCUGGUCAAGGAUACCACUGUUGGAAAUAGCCCUCGAGCGUUGCAUCGCACCAGUUCAAUCUUUUUGCGCAACUUGGCUCCAUCAAUCACAAAGGCGGAAGUUGAAGCCAUGUGCAAACGUUACAAUGGUUUCCUACGAGUUGCAAUUGCGGAUCCCCUACUGGAGAGAAGGUGGUUCCGCCGCGGAUGGGUUACCUUCCGGCGCGACGUGAACAUCAAAGAGAUUUGUUGGAAUCUCAACAAUAUUCGCCUGAGGGAUUGUGAAUUGGGGGCUAUUGUGAACAAGGAUCUUAGUAGAAGGGUACGUCCUGUCAAUGGAUUGACCUGCCACAAGACGAUUGUGCGUAGCGACAUCAAGCUAUGCGCUAAGAUUGCUCACAACUUGGACGAUAAGGUUGGAUUGUGGAAGGAACAAGAGGAUAACGGAGAGAAGAAUGGAGAAUCGUUCGGUUUGCAAUCGAAGAAUCCUGUUCUACAAAACAUCACUGACUAUCUGAUCGAGGAAGCUUCGGCUGAGGAGGAUGAGUUGCUGGGACUCUCGACGGAAGCCGCCAAGAAGUCUAACGACGGUGAACUGGUCGAACGUGACACGCAGCUUAUUGAGGUUCUGGACAAACUGAUUCUUUAUCUACGCGUGGUCCAUUCAAUUGACUUUUACAAUCAUUGCGAGUAUCCCUAUGAAGACGAGAUGCCCAACCGUUGCGGUAUUAUCCAUGCCAGAGGUCCUCCCCCUCAGAACAAAGUUACUUCCAACGAAAUCCAGGAGUACAUUCGGACAUUCGAGGGCAAGAUGGGGUCGUUUUUGGCACGAGCUGUCGAUCUCGAGGAGGAAGAGAUGAAGAAACUCGGCGCCAAGGACGCCGAAGCCGAAGUGGAAAAGUUCAUCCAGGCAAACACGCAAGAACUGGCCAAGGAUAAGUGGCUCUGUCCGCUGUCAGGAAAGAAAUUCAAGGGGCCGGACUUUGUGCGCAAGCACAUUUUUAACAAGCACAAUGAAAAGGUCGACGAAGUUCGCAAAGAGGUAGAAUAUUUCAACAAUUAUCUGAAGGACACCAAGCGGCCGCAAUUACCCGAACAUCCGGGUAACACCAAGAAGGCACCUUCCGAUGCAGCUCCACCAACUGCUGGGUAUCGCCCCCCGUACGGAAUGGCCCAUGCUUAUGCUCCGAUGUACGCUCCUUAUGCCCAACCGAUGAUGGCCCCGGCAGGUCGUGCCAGGCCCGGCUUUGGACGUGGCGGAAGAAUUCAAGACGCUCGACGGAACAUACAGAAUCGUUUGAGAGAACCAAUGGGAGAAAUUCGACGGCCAAUUAUAGCGUACAGCGAUUUGGACAUGCCCAAUUUUAGCGAUUCUUUCCUGUAGUUGGAAAGAUAGGAUUAGGACCGUUUGCCCCCCGACGGAGCAUAGUAAUGACAUCUUCAGUCAAAUGACGAGUUUUAUUUUUUUUUGUUUAACACGCAACGUUGUUAUAGACCUAGGCAAAACGGAUCGUCAAUAAAAAUUCCAUCAACCAUAUCGUCGGUUUGGUUGUUCUUUACUAGAGAAAAGCUCGCAGAACAAUGUUGUGUUUUAUGUGUACUUAUUACCUAUCUCGGAAACACUAUUACCUAUUCACCGGUAUUAUCAUUCAUAACACACCGUCGUUACAUUAUGAUUUGUAACUUUUCAGAAUGGCACCAGAUUACCGUCCAGUGAUUCACUACCGGGAUCUGGAUGCGCCCCGUGAACCGGAUGAGUUCAUCUAAACCGUAUAAAAAAAUAAAACGAUAUGCAAUUGACACAGUAACGCUCAGUUGUAGAUAAGCCCAAUCGAUAGCAUUCACAGUAAUCAAUUAGUAAUUGUUCGCAUACCCUAUCACAAAAUUGCAUUUCAUCCUAGAUCCGAUACCUAGUUGAAUAGUGUGAAAUAAAAGACAAAAAACGGCAA